GUUCUUAAAUCCCGACGUCAUAAGGUAUUCACUUGCACUAAAAUCAAUUCAGUAGAAUGAGCCGACUUGCGUCAUCGACGACCACAUCCGAUGAUCUUCUGGCUGUAUAAAAUCCGAUAAACGAACACAUCUUCCAUUCAUCCACCUUUCAACCUUCAACAUCCAUUCAUUCAGCAAGUAUGUCCUCAACACGCUUCGCCACUUUCGCCUUCGCUCUCAUAGUCUCCGGCAAGCUUCUGGAAAGCAAUGCCCUCGCUAUCAACAGGGACGACCAUUCGAUGGGAUUUUCUUUUAAUGCUUAUUACAAACCGACAACCGACGCUACGAAUACGACUUUCGGAACACUCGUUUCAGUUACUAGUGAAUCAAACUUGGAGUACCUCGGCAAGGUCAACGUAGGAGGACAUGAUUUUAACCUGGUACUCGAUACUGGAUCCAGCGAUCUGUGGGUCACCGGUCAACAAAUUAAAAUUAACAGCAAGACAUCCGAUAAUCUCAAUCUCACAUAUGGAAUUGGUUCCGCCUCAGGAAACAUCGCUUACACUACUGUUCAAUUCGGAAAUUAUAAAGUGCAAAAUCAAGCAUUCGUAAAUGUCGAUAAAACGUACGAGCAAGCGGCUGAAGGAAUACUUGGCCUUGGCUUUAUAUCGCUGUCCGGGAUUGCGAAAAAAGUCAAGAAUACGGCUGCUCGCUCUAUCAUGGCAAACAUCUUUGGACAAAAUCCAUCAGCACCGAAUUUCGUGGCUUUGGCACUCGAGCGCACGGCUGACAACGAGGAUACAUCCGGGGGCACUAUCACGAUUGGAGAAUACGACCCACAAUUCAAGGAUGUCUCCGGGACAACUAAAUACCCCCUUGCGCCCUCGACGUCAUCGCGCUGGACUAUCGCGCUGACGGGCAUGCAGGUCAAUGGCCACGACGUGACACUCAAUUCAGCAGUCAAAGGAGCGAAGAAGGGAACCGCUAUUUCUCUCAUCGACAGUGGAACCAGUUUGGCAUACAUACCCUCCGACACCGUGGAUGCCAUAUACGGUGCCAUUAGUGGAUCGGUCCAUAUAAAAACCAACGGGCAAAAUUUUUGGAUCGUGCCGUGUUUAGGCCAGGCAAAUUUAUCUUUCUCAUUCGGCAACGAUUAUUAUCCUAUUAACCCUCUUGAAUUAACGAGGCCGGCGACUUUUACUGACGGCGACACAAAAUACACUGUUUGCACCUCUGCGUUUCGUCCGCAAUUGUCAAGCACAGGCUCGGACAUGGACUUUUUGCUUGGUGACAUAUUCAUGCGCAACGUCUACUCCGUCUUCAACUUCGGUAGUAUCACAUCCAGUGAUGACGACAAGGGUGCUUCGAUCCAAUUCCUCUCAAGAUCAAACAAGGAUCAGGUCUACCAAGAUUUCCAGAAACAACGUACUCAGAACUUGAAGAACCUUCCGCCAUUGUACGACGUGUCCAAAAUUCGUUCUGACGGAACUUCUGCGGAUGGUGGACGUAUCAAUUCCUAG